AGAGCCGGGGUCUCUCUUGGCUCGGGUCAUGAAGGGCAAGUACUUUGACAAAUCGGAUAUUCUUCAAGCGCGUCGAGGAUCGAGGCCUUCGUGGGGGUGGACUAGCAUAUUGCAUGGGAGGGAUUUAUUGAAGCAAGGGUUGGUUUGGCAGAUAGGUGAUGGGGCUUCAGUGUAGGUGUUAGGGGACAAUUGGGUUCCGGGGUGGAGGCCGGAGGAGCUUGUUUGUCGAUCUUCUGCACCUAGUUUGGAGGCUGCGACGGUGCAGUCUUUAAUGAUCCCGGGAAUGGGGCGUUGGUGUUUAGAGUGCCUGCAACAGUGUUUCCCGGCAGAAGUUGUUACUAGAAUCUGCUCCAUCCCAUUGCCGGUGCAGCCGGUGAGGGAUAAGCUUGUGUGGUCGCGGGAGAAUGACGGGGAGUAUAGUGUCAGGUCGGGGUAUCAUCUAGCUGUCUCUCUUAGUCGCAAGUUGCCAGGUUGGAAGGAUGAGGUGUCCUUUUUUUACAGUACUUUUUGGAAGAAGGUGUGGGAGUUCCCCAUUCCGCCAAAAUUAAAGUUCUUUGUCUGGCAAAUGAUGCGGCGUAUUCUGCCCACCAUGGAGGCGAUCAUUGAGAAGGAAGGAAAGGUGCCAGCGUUGGUAGUGGAGGAGGCUGGGGAUGAAGAGUUGACUUCGCCACAAUGUCCGGUGUGUUGGGCGCCGAUUGAGACCUUGGAGCACAUGUUUCUUUCGUGUACAGUGGCUAGGGCGCUUUGGGAUAGCUCGGGCUUUGGCGGAGGGGUAAGUUUUCCUGAAACUGGUAACUUCGCUUUGUUCUUUCGUCGAUUGGUUGAGCAGAAUCCUAGUACUGAGAGAAUAGUUCGGUUAGUGGCGCUGUUAUGGAGAAUCUGGAAGAGCCGAAAUUGGGUAGUUUUUGAUCAUGUGCAGUAUGCCAUUCCGCGGCUGGUGCGGCAGUAUGAAAGUCAGGUUAGGGAAUGGUUGGCGGUUGUGCAACCGGCUCAGCGGCAGCAAGAGUCAGGUCGUUUGGGUGGGGAGAUGACUGGUGGUGGCUGGCCUAGGCAGGUGCCGGAUGUUAUACAGUAUUCCUGUUUUGUGGAUGGUGCGGUGGCACCGGGGUCUCAUGGUGCGGGGGGUUUGGUGGUCCGAGAUGCGAUGGGUAGUGUUUGCUUUGUUAAAGGUUUCUCCUAUGCAGGUCUGGUGGAUCCCUUCUUAGUUGAGUUGAUAGCCUUCCGUGAUGCGAUUCAGUGGUGCUCUAUGAAGGGUCUUACUGAAGUGAAGUUUUAUGGGGAUGCAAAGGUAGUCAUUGACAAGAUUCAGCGGUCGGAUACUAGGGAUUUGCGAGGGGGAAGGAUUUUGGAGGAGAUUGGUGGGAUUCGGCGGAGGUUUGCGAGUUUUGACAUUGCUUUUGUUGGCAGGAGUAACAAUCGGGUGGCUCAUGAGGUGGCCAGGAAGACCCUUUCUUUGUUGCCGGCUAGUGUGGAGAGUUUUGAUUUUGAUCGUUGGUAUUCUUUUGUGAUGUAAACAGUGUUAUCUUUUGGUUUUGGUAAUAAAAGCUAUCUAUUGUUAAAAAAAAAAAAAUAUUUGAUUUGUAAUCUUGAAGGAAAUAAAUUUGGUAUAUACUAACACCGAACAAAAUUUUAGGGAUUGAGAUUGGAUACUAAAUUUAUUUUGGGUUGAAAUUGGAUUUAGGGUGCUAUUUAAUAUUCGAAAUUUCAGUAUUUAGUAUUGGAAUAUCGAUACGUUACAGAUUUCGGCCCAAAACAAUAUGCUGAAUGGUCCGAAAUAACAUAUUUUGGGCCCAUUAUUGGGUUAGCCUUACAAUAGUUAGAUGGCAUUACUUGAGCCACCCCUUCAUUCCUUGUAAUGGUUGUAGCGUAGAAGGGCAGAAGCCCGCCCAAUAUUGGUUGUUGCUUCAGGCUUCAACCCAAUUACAUAAAUUUAGAAUAAGGGGUGGUUUGCUUGUUGGAUUUGAAAAAUGAAGGUUUUGGCCAAUAAAAACCUUGAGAUUUAUGUUGGAUUUAUUGGAUUAUGAAUUUGAAGAAUCUAAUGUUUGCAUGAUAGAUUUGAUGAUGGAUUUGUGAUGAAUUUGUUAAAUAAAUAACUAACCAGGAUUUGCAAAUCCCAAAUCAAUAUGUGGGAUUUACAAGUCCGUGGGGUCCACGGAUUUAGUUCCAAAAUAAAGACCAAAUCCGUGG